AUGGUAGACGCUGUAGAAGCGGUUGGACGCUUAGACUUCGACCAAGCCACUGCUCGUUUCGUUGAAUGGUUCGCGGCCGCUGAUGGGACUCGGUUGAGUCCCAAAGUCCAGCUCAAGGAUCUGAGAAGCGAGAGUGCGGGAAGAGGAGCCGUUGCUGUUGAGGACAUCGAAGAGGACGAGGAGCUGUUCGCUAUCCCUCGGUCUCUUGUGCUUACAGCUGCGGCGUCAAGCAUCCCCUCUGCUGUGCUCGAGCCUUUCAGUGAAACCGGACAAUGGCAGCCGUUGAUAGUCACUAUCAUCUAUGAAUAUCUGCGGAACGAAAAGUCACCAUGGCAUGCCUAUUUUCAAGUCCUCCCUACGAAGUUCGAUAGUCUAAUGUUCUGGAAUGCUACGGAGCUCAAGGCAUUGCAAGCCAGUGCUGUGGUUGACAAAAUCAGUCGGACUCAAGCUGAGGAGUCCUGGAAAGAGAAGAUGAUACCGAUUAUGCUCUCACAUCCUGAGCUAUUUCCCGUGGCUGGUCAAAAUGACUCAGACCGCACCGAGGAAUUGAUUAAGCUUGCCCACAUCGCGGGAAGCUCAAUUAUGGCCUAUGCUUUCGACGUUGACGAGGACGACGACAAGAACGACGUGAACAAUGGCUCGGAAGACGAAUUCGAAGACGACGACGAAGACGAGCCGCUUAAGGGUAUGGUGCCUUUCGCUGACAUGCUGAACGCAGAUGCUGACAGAAACAAUGCACGCCUCUUUCAAGAAAACGACUACCUCAUCAUGAGAUCUACCAAGCGGAUCAAGACCGGCGAGCAGAUCUUCAACGAUUAUGGCCCACUUCCUCGCUCAGAUCUCCUCCGAAUGUACGGCUACAUCACUGAUAACUAUGCUCAAUAUGACGUUGUUGAGAUAUCGCAUGAUCUUCUUCUCGAGGUAGCAGGCAAGAAGCAUGGCGCUAAAGAUGCAGCUUGGUUAAAAAGAGCAGAACAACUUGAGGAAAUUGGUGUUAUCGACGAUGGCUAUGCCAUACCCAGACCUGCACCAGACGUGGAAGAGCUUGAACAGGCCGUGCCAGGACAGCUGCACAUGCUCUUGCGUGCGCUGUGUAUUGAUGCCAUGAAAACGUCCAAAGACAGCGUCACCAUCAAAGAGGCUGCGCUACUGCAGUCUGUUCUCACAAAAAGAUUGUCAGAAUAUGGCACACCUCUGGAGGCCGACCGAUCUGUUCUGGAGGCACUGGCGCGUUCUGAAUCAGAUCAAUCACUUAUUCCCUCCGACUGCAACAAGCAUCGAUAUCUCAUGGCACUUCAAGUGAGAGUCGGAGAAAAGGAGAUUUUACACCAGUUGAUCAGUCUGUGCCAGGCACACAUUGCAAAGAAGAACCAAGAGAUCACGGCAAGGUCCACCAAACGGCAAGCCAACGACGAGGUGGACCACAAGCCAAAGAAAGCAGCGCGAAGAGGAAAUGCACCCGGCUGA